AUACAUCUGUCAAAUUCACACACAACGUGAAAUGCAUAGAAGCUGCAGUAGACAUUUUUCCAACCCUCACUGUCGGAUAGAAAAGGAACCCACGGAAAGCUAUGACGUCGAACACAUCUAUGAUUUAUUCCCAAAUAAUAAGUCAGGAUGGUGAAAUAACUCCGACAGAACAAUUGGGUAUCGCUAUAUUUGUAUGUUUGAUACUUUUCUUCCCGGGGGUACUGGUGUGCAAGAAGUAUCGCAAAUGGAGAAUACGGAAGCAGACGAAACAUCAUUUGUCGCCUUUCAACACCAAAAACUUUGCCUUCAAAUGGAAACAAAAUGCGAUCUGGAAUAGGAAGCAAAUAACGUGGGGAUUACAAGAAAAACACGGCCUGGAUAAUGUGACUUUCAUCAGACGAUUAGUAGAAAGUGAAAUAUCGAUAAAUUACGUCAAGAUGGACACACUGCUAAAAAUAGGAAAAACCGUGAGGGUGUUUGAAGCCACACUGAAGACAAAAGGAACAAUACAGAAUGUAGCGGCAAAAAUGCUUCAGAAUGGCUUUACGAAGGAGGACUAUCGACUGAUGAACGCUAAAAUACAGUUCUUUUCCACCAAGAAAUUGGCCCAUCCAAAUGUUGUAAAAUUUAUCGGAGCAAUACGACACGAUGAUACAUACGGCCCGAUUAUGAUUUUCGAACUUUGCUUGGAACACACAGUCCGGGAAUGGUUAGAGGACUUCCGAACGCAAGUUGAUGACGAUACUUUAAUGCAGAUAAAGAAGUUUGCGCUUGAUAUAGGACAGGGAAUGAUGUAUCUAUCUGAACAGAAGAUUAUUCACAAACGACUAGCUGCUAGAAAUGUUCUGCUGAAUGAUAAGUUAGAGGCGAAGGUUGGAUGUUUCGGACCACGACAUAAAGAUAAAUGUUCCCAUCCUUUUGAGAGGGAACGGAUGCCAAUUCAGUGGUUCGCCCCCGAGAGUCUUGUAGAGUUGAAUACGUAUUCAACGGAGAGUGAUGUGUGGUCUUAUGGAGUCACGUUGUGGGAAAUCUUUUCAGUAGGUGAUCUUCCUUACAUAAACUACAAUAACAGGGAGAUAAUCGACCUCCUGAACGAUGGCUAUCGAUUGAUGAAACCAAAAUACGCGGAUAGCAGGUUUUAUGAACUUAUGAAGUCGUGUUGGAAAAUGAAACCGGAAAACCGGCCAACGUUUUCCUCAAUCGUAAGGGAGCUGCACGACAUUGUAUCUGUAUGCUCCGAAUCAGAUGAAUAAAUAAUCAAUACUCGU